UGUGUGUGUGUGUGUGUGUGUGUGUGUGUGUGUGUGUGUGUGUGUGUGGUUUGAAGGCGUGACCUCAUAAUUAAGAGAAGUAAGAAGUUCCUGGUUUGCAGUGAAGAAGAAGAGAAGCAGCAUUAAACCAUCAGAGCUCUGAGAUGAAACACACUUUGGUCUGCUUCAUCUUCCUCACAGCACUUCAGGAUGGAAACACUGGUUUGGUCAAAGCACAAACUCUCACCCACAGAGCAGAGGAAGGAGGAAACAUCACAGUUAAAUGCAGCUUUUAUUUCUCUGGAAGCAGGAAACUGUUCUGUAAGGAAAAAUGUGAAAAUGGAAACAUUCUUGUUGAAACAUCUGAUGAUGCAGCUCAGAACGGCAGAUACAGCAUUAAAUAUGAAAUCAAAGGCUUUUUCUCAUAUACUCUGUAUGUGAGCAUCACACAGCUGAAACAGUCUGACUCAGGACGGUACAGGUGCUCUUUGGACAGAAUUUUUGAUACAGGGAAAGAUGAGUUUGAGCUGAUUGUCACAGCAGCUUCAACCACUUCAACACCAAACGGGACUCUGAGACCUUUUUCAGCUUCAGUGUUUCUCUCAUCAGCCUCCACACCACCAACAACACAGAGUUUAAGCUCAACUUCAGGAAGCUCCACACCUUCAUCAGCCUCUGCGCCACCAAAAAUGGAAACAACACAGAGUUUAAGCUCAACUUCAGGAAGCUCCACACCUUCAUCAGCCUCCACUGAAACCAAAGAUGCAAGAUCAGCAGAUGUGCUGAUUUAUGUGGGUCUGAUUCUGGUCGUUAUGAUCGUCGUCUUAUCAGCAGCUCUGCUGAUUUUCUGCAUGAGGAGGAAGACCACUAAACCCAGAGGACCUCCUGUGGAAACAGAGUAUGCUGACACGCAGGCCGACAGGUUGUAUGAAGAGAUCAGAGAGUGUGACAUACCGAGCAGGUCACCUCCUGUCGAAGUGUCUUCAGUUUAUGCCACUGCUAACGACCCCCGUUCAGAUGGAGUUGAAAAUAUAGACCUCUACAGCCUUGCAACCUCUCCUCAUAACAAUGCAGAUAACCUCUGCUACGCUGAAGUGGAGUUUUCCCACAUUCCUGCCACCAGCAGCGCCCCCUGUGGUGAAGCAACUGAUGUUGUCUACUCAGUGCCUCAGGUGGACCUGAGUACUGCCAGCCACACCAAAGAUGCUUCACCUCCUGUGUACUCUACUGUUUCCUCACUAUGAAUUACUUCAGUACUUUUUUUAAACCU